GGGCAUGGCAACCCACUCCAGUAUUCUUGGCUAGACAGAGGAGCCUACAUUCUAGGAGUUAUUCAAGUAAGAGUGUCCUGUGGUAUCUCUCACAGCUUGGGAGAUGAUAUGACAUCUUAUCUUCUGGAGGACCAUACAGCAAAGGACCCGAUAAGGGACAUCGACUUGAUACCUCUGAUGAUACCAGCCUCGAAAGGUAAGAAUACAAAAACUCAAGCACCCUUGAGCAGGAUGACUCGGGAUGAAUUGGAGGACAGUUUGUUUCGUCUUCGUGAAGAGCACAUGUUGGUGAAGGAGCGUUUUUGGAAGCAACAAGAUGAGAUCAAAAGGAUGAAAACAGCCUUGCUCCGGUUAACCGCAGCAGGCCGGGGCCUGCGGGCCGCGGCGGCCGCGGCGGAGCCUCAGCUUUGGGAGCCCGCUAGACGGCGGCGGAACGCAGAGUGGCGGCAGCGCCCCCUGAAGCACCAGCGUCCCCCGCUGCAGGGGCUCCAGCUGCAGGUCCAGCGCGUCGGCCCCCCUGCUCCCCGCCGCACCCAGCCUCGCGUCCACGCGGGACACAGACAGCUGCACACCGCCGGGGCACCGGAGGCAGAGAAACCCAGGAGAGAGUCAAGGGACAGGCUGAGCUACACAGCCCCUCCCACAUUCAAGGAACAUGUGACAAAUGAAAAAGCCAGAGGUGAAGCAUCCAGUGAACCCAGCGAACUUGCCCACGGUAUGACCAGCGAUACUAUGCAAGUGGAAGAACCACCCAAGUCUCCUGAGAAAAUGUGGUCCAAAGAUGAAAAUUUUGAACAGAGAAGCUCUUUGGAGAGUACUGAGAAGGCCACAGAGCUUCGAGCUUCCAUUAAAGAGAAUAUACAGCUGAUUCGACUUAAGAAGCUCUUACAUGAAAGGAAUACCUCUUUGGCAGUGACAAAGGCACAAUUAACAGAAGUUCAGGCCGCAUAUGAAACUCUGCUUCAUAAGAAUCAGGGAAUCCUGAGCGCAGCCCACGACGCCCUCCUCAGCCAAGUGAAUGAGCUCAGGGCAGAGCUCCAGGAGGAGAGCAAGAAGGCCGUGAGCUGGAAGAGCCAAGUGGAAGAUGUGUCCAUCCUGCAGAUAACCCUGAAGGAGUUUCAGGAGAGAGUUGAAGAUUUGGAAAAAGAACGAAAAUUGCUGAAUGAUAAUUAUGACAAACUCUUAGAAAAGUAAGUACCAAGUUUAGAUCUCAGAACGUUGUU